AUGGCAUGCUGGUGACAGGCUGAACUCAGCUACAUCGAAUUCUCCCAGAUUGCUGCAGAAGCCGUGAGCGAGGCACAGAAGACAGAACUCAGAGCAAAUGCAGAGAUUUCUGGCAGCAGUGCAAAAGCUGUGAAAGUUAAAAAAAAUCGACCCCAAGCCCAGCCUGUUGUCAUAGUUGCAAGGUGA